CUCUUUCUCUUGGGUCAAUCAUGGUGUCAGAGACGACGACGAACCGAUCAACGGUUAAAAUCUCAAACGUUCCUCAAACCAUAGUCGCCGACGAACUCCUCCGGUUUCUAGAGCUCAACCUCGGCGAAGACACCGUAUUCGCUCUCGAAAUCCCAACAACUCGCGACAAUUGGAAGCCAAGAGACUUCGCUCGAGUACAAUUCACUACCCUCGAAGUCAAAUCUCGUGCCCAGCUUCUCUCUUCUCAAAGCAAGCUCCUUUUCAAAACCCAUUACCUCAGACUCUCUGAAGCUUACGACGAUAUCAUCCCUCGUCCUGUAGAUCCAAGGAGAAGACUACACGACAUCGUUUUGACUGUUGGGUUUCCUGAGUCUGACGAGAAGAGGUUUUGUGCCCUAGAAAAAUGGGAUGGUGUGAGGUGUUGGAUUUUGGAAGAGAAGAGGAGACUUGAGUUUUGGGUUUGGGAAAAUGGUGAAUGUUAUAAGAUUGAAGUUAGGUUUGAGGAUAUUGUUGAAACUCUUUGUUGUUGUGUUAAUGGUGAUGCUUCUGAGAUUAAUGCAUAUCUUCUGAAGCUGAAAUAUGGGCCGAAGGUAUUUAAAAGAGUAUCAGGACCUCACGUAGCCACAAAGUUUAAGUCUGAUCGGUACCGUUUCUGCAAGGAGGAUUUUGAUUUCAAUUGGAUUCGGACAACUGAUUUCUCUGGUUUGAAAUCAAUUGGUAUAUCAACUUGCUUUUGUUUGGAAGUCCACAAUGGCUCAACGAUGUUGGACGUUUUCUCGGGGUUACCUUACUACAGAGAAGACACUUUGAGUCUAACUUCUGUGGAUGGGAAGACCUUUGCCUCUGCAUCUCAAAUUGUUCCCCUCUUGAAUGCUGCCAUUCUGGGGUUAGAGUUUCCAUAUGAGAUCCUUUUCCAACUCAAUGCGCUUGUUCAUGCGCAGAAAAUCAGUCUUUUUGCUGCGUCAAAUAUGGAACUGAUCAACAUCCUUCGUGGUUUGAGUUUGGAAACCGCAUUAGUGGUCCUCAAGAAACUUCACCAGCAAAACUCUAUAUGUUAUGAUCCUGUCUCCUUUGUCAAGACUCAGAUGCAAUCUGUGGUUAAGAAGAUAAAGCAUUCCCCUGCAUCAGCUUAUAAAAGAUUGACCGAGCAGAACAUCAUGAGUUGUCAGAGAGCCUACGUUACACCCUCAAAGAUUUAUCUGUUGGGUCCUGAGCUUGAGACUGCCAAUUAUGUUGUGAAGAACUUUGCGGAGCAUGUAUCAGAUUUCAUGAGAGUUACUUUUGUGGAAGAAGAUUGGAGCAAGCUUCCUGCAAAUGCUCUUUCUGUGAACUCCAAGGAAGGCUAUUUUGUGAAGCCCUUUAGAACCAACAUUUAUAACAGGGUGUUGUCAAUCCUUGGAGAAGGGAUCACUGUUGGGCCUAAGAGGUUUGAGUUCCUGGCUUUUUCAGCCAGCCAACUGCGAGGAAAUUCGGUCUGGAUGUUUGCUUCUAACGAGAAAAUAAAAGCGGAAGAUAUAAGAGAAUGGAUGGGUUGUUUCCGUAAAAUCCGAAGCAUUUCUAAAUGUGCUGCUAGAAUGGGUCAGUUGUUCAGUGCUUCGCGGCAGACACUUAAUGUCCGUGCACAAGAUGUGGAGCAGAUUCCCGACAUCGAAGUGACUACUGAUGGUGCUGAUUACUGCUUCUCGGAUGGCAUUGGGAAAAUUUCACUGGCAUUUGCAAAGCAAGUUGCACAGAAGUGUGGAUUGAGUCAUGUCCCUUCUGCAUUUCAAAUUCGAUAUGGUGGCUACAAAGGUGUGAUUGCCGUUGACCGCAGUUCCUUCAGAAAGAUGUCUCUGCGGGAUAGUAUGCUUAAAUUUGACUCGAACAACAGGAUGCUUAAUGUUACCAGGUGGACAGAGUCGAUGCCUUGCUUCUUAAACCGGGAGAUCAUUUGCCUUUUGUCGACGCUUGGAAUAGAAGAUGCAGUGUUUGAGAUGAUGCAAGCGGUGCAUUUAUCUAUGCUGGGGAAUAUGCUUGAAGACCGCGAUGCAGCACUAAAUGUUCUGCAGAAAUUGAGCGGAGAAAAUUCCAAGAAUCUGCUAGUUAAGAUGCUGCUUCAAGGAUAUGCACCGAGUUCAGAACCUUACCUCUCAAUGAUGCUUCGUGUGCACCACGAGAGCCAGCUUUCUGAACUAAAGAGCAGGUGCAGGAUUCUUGUACCGAAAGGACGGAUCUUGAUCGGUUGCAUGGAUGAAAUGGGUAUCCUGGAGUAUGGCCACGUGUAUGUUCGUGUAACCCUGACUAAAGCGGAACUGAAAUCUCGCGAACAGAGCUACUUCCACAAGAUUGAUGAGGAAACAUCUGUGGUGAUUGGGAAAGUGGUUGUGACGAAAAACCCGUGUCUUCACCCUGGAGACAUCAGAGUUCUUGACGCAAUAUAUGAGGUCAAUUUUGAAGAAAAGGGAUUUCUCGAUUGUAUCAUUUUUCCUCAGAAAGGAGAAAGGCCACAUCCAAAUGAAUGUUCGGGUGGUGAUCUCGACGGAGACCAGUUUUUUGUUAGCUGGGAUGAGAAGCUUAUACCGAGCGAAAUGGACCCUCCAAUGGACUAUGCUGGAAGCAGGCCUCGCCUAAUGGAUCAUGACGUCACCUUAGAGGAAAUCCACAAAUUUUUUGUGGAUUAUAUGAUAAGCGACACGCUUGGGGUGAUCUCAACUGCACAUUUGGUUCACGCAGACCGUGAUCCAGAAAAAGCCCGGAGUCAGAAGUGUCUAGAGUUAGCAAAUCUUCACUCUAGGGCUGUUGAUUUUGCGAAAACUGGAGCUCCGGCUGAGAUGCCUUAUGCCUUAAAGCCCAGAGAGUUCCCUGAUUUCCUGGAACGGUUUGAGAAACCAACAUACAUCUCUGAGUCUGUGUUUGGGAAACUAUACCGUGCUGUGAGAAGCUCGUUAGCACAGAGAAAGCCAGAAGCUGAGAGCGAUGACACGCUAACUUAUGAUGCGACACUUGAAGAAGCUGGCUUUGAGAGCUUUAUAGAGACAGCGAAAGCCCAUAGAGACAUGUAUGCUGAGAAAUUGACCUCGUUAAUGAUAUACUACGGAGCUGUCAACGAAGAGGAGAUUCUCACAGGCAUUUUGAAAACCAAGGAGAUGUAUCUGGCGAGAGAUAACCGGAGGUAUGGUGAUAUGAAGGAUAGAAUUACGCUGUCCGUGAAAGAUUUGCAUAAAGAGGCCAUUGGAUGGUUCGAGAAAAGCUGCGAGGACGAACAACAGAAGAAGAAGCUAGCAUCGGCGUGGUACUAUGUAACAUACAACCCGAGCCAUCGCGAUGAGAAGUUGACAUUCUUGAGUUUCCCAUGGAUCGUAGGUGACGUUUUACUUGAUAUAAAAGCUGAAAAUGCACAGAGACAGAGCAUUGAAGAGCCAACAAGUGGACUUGUAUCCAUUUGAAUUACCCUAUCUAACACUUGGUGUAGUAUAAUUGCUAGCUAAAGACAAUUGAGACCAGCAAUAUAAACGGGGAAAUCGGCU